GGGGGCAACGCACCGUUGCACCAACACAUGCUGGUGAGAAAAACAAGAAAGAACAACCGCCUUGCUUUUUGCUCACACUCCCCCUCACUACCCCCUCUCCCCGUCUUUCCUUCCUCUCACUACCCUCUUUCCCCCUCCUUCCCCUCCUGCAGCACCCCCUACCAGCAGCAGCACCGACCCCUCCAGCAGCACCGGUGGUGGAGCCGUCAGCAGCGCACACCGAGUCGCUAGUAGCCAUGGGGUUUGAGCGCGCAGCAGCAGCAGAGGCAGGGAAUCGGCUUGGCUCACUUACUCUCCCCCUCUCUACACCCCCACCCCAACCCAAACCCCCUACUCUCCCCCUCUCAACACCCCCACCCCAACCCAACCCCCCCACUCUCCCCCUCUCUACACCCCCGCCCCAACCCAAACCCCCCACUCUCCCCGCCCGCUCCAGCCCCCCCCGCCAGCACCAGUGGUGGAGCCGUCAGCAGCACACAUAG